GUGAGAUCUGUGGACUGCCAGUCAUCCGUCCGUCCCGGUGCAGCUGGGUUUUAAAGAUAGCCCCGGCCCCCCGCCGAGCAGAAGUCUGGCGUGUUAUCUGAACCCGGAGUUCCCCGGGCUGUUCUAUCAAAGGUUUGUGGCCAACGGGGCAGGCUCCUGUGAAGUUUCUCCACCUUUCUCCAUCAGGCCCUUCCCCACUCCCGGCUCACUUCCAGAGAACAGCAGAUGGACAGAUUCCUGGUGAAGAAGGCUGCGAGAGAUCCAUUAGAACAAGGCAGAGAAGAGCAGGAACCGGGCCAGGCCUUGCCGGGAGAAGAGGAAGAAAGAAGAAAGAGACCCAGGAGGGAAUCGGCAGGGAGUGACAGUGGCCUGGCCACCGGCUGCUGCUGGCGGAAGAUUCGGGCUGAGAGCUUGGACUGUGAUUACACGGUCCUUUUUGGCAGGGCCGAGGCAGAUGAGCUUCUCCAGAAAUUGGAAAAAGAAGUGGAAUAUUUUGAAGGUGAUCUUUCCAGAGUCCGAGUGUUUGGGAAAUGGCACAGGAUCCCGAGGAAGCAGGCCACUUACGGGGACCCGGGUUUAACCUACACCUUCUCAGGCCUCACCUUAUCUCCAAAGCCCUGGAUCCCAGUCCUGGAGCACAUCCGGAACCGUGUAGCUGCUGUCACUGGACAGGCCUUCAAUUUUGUACUGGUCAACAGAUACAAAGAUGGCUGUGAUCACAUCGGAGAACACCGGGAUGAUGAGAGUGAGUUGGCUCCCCAGAGCCCCAUCGCGUCUGUAUCCUUUGGAGCCUGCCGGGACUUCUUCUUUCGGCACAGAGAUUCCCGAGGGAAAGAGCCCUCACGGCGUGUUGAGGUGGUGAAGGUUCAGCUGGCCCAUGGGAGUUUACUAAUGAUGAACUACCCCACCAACGUCCACUGGUAUCACAGCCUCCCUGUAAGAAAAAGGAUUCUGGCUCCACGGGUCAAUCUGACAUUUCGUAAGAUUCUGCUUUCUAAAAGAUAA